UCAGCUGUUGGGCGCAGCUGAGUAAUCGAUCGAGAUCGAUACCAUCCCACCAUCGAUUACUUUACAGCUAGAUAUCGGAAGGAGUUCCGGAAUGAGCUGCUGCAUUCUGAAAAGUAACUUCAAGUCUUCACAAGAAGGCAAACAUGAAAAUAGAUGUUUUUCCUGCUUCAACGCACUUUCAUGAUAAUUGAAAUUCGUGCUAAUUGAGAACAU